AUGAAAUUAUAUCAGUCUUAAACAAGCAGAAAGAGGAACGUGGUGAAAUGGUUGAUGCUCCGGAUUUCGUUAGUCUUUUAGAAUUACGUGGACAGGAUUUUCCUAGAACAAUCGACCGCAUGUAUGGCAGCCGGUUACUCACAAUGAAGAGAAACGACGAAAAUUUACCAAAACUUGUGGUUGACUGCCGCUUUCUGGCAAAGUUUAGCGUCGUUAUCCAGAGCUCUUUUGCUAAGCAGAUUCAAACGUUACACGAUAGUAACUGGACUUCGCGACUGCCAUUCGAUAUCACUCUAGCAAACUUUCGUCUAGAUAGUCGCCUCGCAGAAAUUGUGAAGAGGCACUGGUUCUUCCACUAUGGACCUCCUUCCGCGAAGGCUGAGUUCUCUCCGCACAUUUUCGCUCCCAGUCUGACUACCAAAUCAGUUGCUGAUGCCUGCUAUGUAGACCCUGCCGAGAUCAUGUACAUAUCAUGGCGUGCAAAACAAUUCUUGCCCGAGGUUCCCUUCAAACGUCAGAGCUGUAGUCCUGUGUGCGAGUAA